AUGACGCCCUCCCUGCUCGCACUCGCGACUGUUACCAGCACCGCAUUCCAAUCACGUACCUCUGGCGGCGAUGGCGAUGGAGGCCACGACGACCGGCUAAAGUUCCAGGACCAGGCGAGGGGCCAGCGGGAUCUGUACACCCAGAUCGUGAUCAGUUUCGCCGUGGGGUUGAGCGCGUUCUUAACAUUCUGUGUUUUACGGCCGAAAUGGAGAGUGCUGUACAAUGCCCGCCGAAGACUCAGGACCGCUGCUUCAAGGCUUCCCGAGCUCCCGGACUCGAUGUUUGGGUGGAUUCCGGUCUUGUACAAGAUCACGGACGAGGAAGUACUGGCCUCUGCUGGAUUGGAUGCGUUUGUCUUCUUGUCAUUCUAUAAAUACGCCAUCAACUUCUUAACCAUCACCUUCUUCUUCUCCCUUGUCGUCAUUCUUCCCAUUCAUUACGCCUAUACUGGAAAGUAUUGGGAUGGCAGGGACGGCAGAGACGGCAACAGUUCGGAUUUCUCGCACCUGGCCUCGUCCCAGACUUAUCUGACGCCGCUAGGAGACAAGGACGAGCCGAAGACCGACCCGACAUAUCUGUGGAUGUAUGUGGUAUUUUCAUAUGUUUUCACCGGGCUAGCGAUGUAUCUCCUGGUCGAUCAGACGAACAAGAUCAUUCAGAUACGCCAACAAUGUUUGGGGAGUCAGACAACGAUGACUGAUCGCACCAUCCGUCUGUCGGGAAUUCCACCCGAAUUGAGGUCGGAAGAGAAGAUAAAGGAGGUCAUCGAGAACCUUGGGAUUGGGAAGGUUGAAAAUCUGACUCUAUGUCGCGAUUGGCGGGAACUCGACGGCUUGAUGAAUGAACGAAAACGGGUGCUUCAGAAAUUGGAGGAAGCGUGGACAAAACACCUGGGAUAUCGACCGAAGAAGCUGCGGAGAAAAGCUCGGAAUCGCGCAAACAACCAGACGGCAUUGGACGCAAUCAAUGAAAGCGAAACCACCGCAUUGCUGUCGAGCGAGGAACAGGCUCAUGUCGACGAUAUCACCCAAGAACGGCCCAUGAUCCGCUUAUGGCAUGGCCCGUUCAAGCUAAGAUACAGAUCCGUUGACGCCAUUGAUUACUUUGAGGAAAAACUGCGCCGCCUUGAUGAGACGAUUGAAGCUAUGAGGGAGAAUGAAUUCCCGCCAACUCCUCUUGCGUUUGUGACAAUGGAAUCGAUUGCCGCCUGUCAAAUGGCAGUGCAAGCCAUUUUGGAUCCGUCUCCAAUGCAGUUUGUUGCCAGCUUAGCCCCUGCGCCAGCCGAUGUUGUGUGGGAGAAGACGUAUCUUUCCAGGUCGAAAAGAUGGCUGCGAACGUGGUCGGUUACGCUCGUCAUUGGAUUCCUGACGGUCUUCUGGUCUCUGCUCCUUGUCCCUCUCGCGUACUUGUUGAACUUGGAAGCAAUCGAAAAAGUCAUCCCCCAAUUAGCGGACGCACUGGCGCGGCAUCCGUUGAUCAAAUCCUUGGUGCAAACCGGUCUUCCUACUUUGACCCUAUCGCUGCUGUCUCUCUUAGUGCCAUAUAUCUAUAGCUGGCUCGCCAGCAUGCAGGGAAUGAUUUCUCACGGCGAUGUUGAGCUUUCCAUGAUCUCGAAAAACUUCUUCUUCACAUUUUUCAAUCUCUUUCUGGUCUUCACGGUCUUCGCUACCGCAUCUAAUUUCUACGGAUUCUGGAAGAAUCUCAGAGACGUUUUCAAAGACACGACUACUGUGGCCUAUGCCCUAGCUAGCUCGCUCGAGUCCCUUGCGCCCUUUUACAUCAACCUGAUUGUCUUGCAAGGGUUGGGCCUGUUUCCGUUCCGCUUGUUGGAGUUUGGAAGUGUGGCCAUGUACCCGUUCCAGCUGAUGGGAGCGAAAACACCACGCGACUACGCUGAUUUGGAGAAGCCUCCCGUUUUCAGCUACGGUUUCGCACUUCCGCAAACAAUCCUCAUAUUCAUUAUCUGCGUCGUCUAUAGCGUCUUCCCGAGCUCCUGGCUGGUCUGUCUCUUCGGCCUAAUCUACUUUUUCAUCGGCCGUUUCAUCUACAAAUAUCAGCUGCUCUAUGCCAUGGAUCACCAACAGCAUUCCACCGGCCGUGCUUGGCCCAUGAUCUGCAGCCGUGUUAUUGUGGGCCUCUUCAUUUUCCAGCUUGCGAUGACGGGCACCCUGGCACUUCGAAGAGCCAUCACACGGUCGAUUUUGAUCAUUCCGCUCCUGGCCGGGACUGUGUGGUUUUUCUUCUUCUUUUCGCGAACCUACGACCCGCUAAUGAAAUUCAUCGCCUUGCGGAGCAUUGACCGUGAUCGUGCUGCUGAAUCGGAUGAAAGUCCGACCCCGACAUCGACAAUGUCUCCUCCUUCACAGUGGGAGCGGGACUCGAUACCGCUCCGGCUUAGAGGACAGGAUCUCGCGCCACGGCUGAGGAAGUAUGUGAACCCGAAUCUGAUUGUGCCGUUGGAUGAAGCGUGGAUUCCAGGGAGAGCACACCGAGGCAGUGUGAUUUCCGCUCUCAACAACAACUCAGAAGUCGUAUGA